UGACCCGCUCGUGUCAUGGCGCAGGGACGGUUCAAGUUGGCGGCGCCGAAGCGGCCGCGGGGCGGAGAGAGAGGAGGUGGUGGUGGAGGGCGCGGGCCCAGGAAGGGAGGGCGAGUAAUUGCUCCCAAAAAGAAGCACGUGAUUAAACAACAGAAACUGAAGAAGGACCUGGAGGUCGCUAUCAGGAACAAGAUUGAGCAUGACAUCACCAUGAAGGCCAGCUCCAACAUGGCCAAGAAACUGACCAUCGUGAAGGUACCCCAGAAAAAGCAGGCUGCUAACCAGUAGGGGUGAAGGGCACAGCUGCCCUGGGGAUCAUUGCAACGACAGAAAACCACGUUAACAGUUGUUAAACACCACCUUCUCAAAACCCCUGACACUUUACAUGUUAAAAAACUGUUUAUUUUACAUUGAUUUUGUAAUGUCAAUAAACAUUACAGGUCUUAAAUAUUAA